UAACAGAUGUGGCAAUUGUAGACUAGGAACUUUCUGUAACAGACAGGAUGGAAGUUGUACGUGUCAGACUGGAUGGGCUCCACCGAAAUGUAUAUCCUGUGCAGAUGGCUAUUGGGGUCAAUCGUGCAUUAACAGAUGUGGCAAUUGUAGAGCAGGAACUUCAUGUAACAAACAGGAUGGAAGUUGUACGUGUCAGACUGGAUGGGCUCCACCGAACUGUGCAUUCUGUGUCAGUGGAAAAUGGGGUCGGUCUUGCAAUUACAACUGUGGUCAUUGUGUUGGAUCUUCCUGUAACCAACAGACUGGAAGUUGUACCUGUCAGCCUGGAUGGGCUCCACAGAGAUGUACAGCCUGUGUCAGAGGAAAAUGGGGUCCAUCUUGCAGUUCAAACUGUGGACAUUGUGUUGGAUCUUCCUGUAACAAACAGACUGGAAGUUGUACGUGUCAGCCUGGAUGGGCCCCACAGAGAUGUACAGCUUGUGCGGAUGGCUUUUGGGGUCAGUCUUGCUCUAACAGAUGUGGUCACUGUAGUGUAUCUCCAUGUGACAAAACAAAUGGACGUUGUACGUGCCAGUCUGGAUGGGCUCCACCGAGAUGUACAGCCUGUGUCGAUGGAAAAUGGGGAUCGUCUUGCAGUAACAGCUGUGGUCAUUGUUUUGGACAUUCCUGUGACAAACAGGAUGGACAUUGUACGUGUCAGACUGGAUGGGCUCCACCGAAAUGUACAGCCUGUGUCGAUCGAUUAUGGGGACAGUCUUGCAAUAAGGGUUGUGGACAUUGUACAGGAUCUACAUGCGACAAAACAACAGGACGUUGUCAGUGUCAGACUGGAUGGGCAUCACCGACAUGUACAUCAUGUGCAGAUGGUUUUUGGGGUCGGUCAUGUAUUGGAUGUGGUCACUGUAGUGGAUCUCCAUGUGACAAACAAACUGGAAGCUGUACGUGUCAGUCUGGAUGGGCUCCACCGAAAUGUACAGCCUGUGUCGAUGGACUAUGGGGUCAGACUUGCAGUAACCACUGUGGUAAUUGUAAAGGAUCUUCAUGUGACAAACAAAUUGGGAGCUGUCAGUGUCAGGCUGGGUGGGCUCCUCCGAAUUGUACAGUUUGUGCUGCUGAAUAUUGGGGUCAAUAUUGCAAUAAAACAUGUGGCCAUUGCAAAGCAGGAAGUGUUUGUGACAAACAGAAUGCAAGUUGUGAGUGCCAAUCUGGAUGGGCGCCACCACAAUGCACAUUGCAUUCUGUUGCACACGUCUUCAGAUGCCUAUAUAAACUGGGAAUCAACGCACAAUCUUCAGAACUCGAAGUUAGAGUAUCUCCUGUCCAGCACCGUCAGAAGUUACCACGUCAACAAGGCAUGA